CACUGAAAUCUCGCAUCACACUUUACAGACAAGAUGGCGACUGUUAUUGGUACAGGGUUGAAAGGCAUGGGGUGUAUGCGAGCAGCUUCGAUUGUUGGCCACAGGCAAUCAACAUUACAUGUUCAAAAGUUAACAAGAUGUUGUUCUACAGAAAAUACACAAGAACCAGACAUUUUAGAUAAGACAAAAUUGUUGAAAUCUGAUCGAAUGAAGAAGAAAACUGGAGAUGAUGAAUUCAUACCAUUUGUUAUCAGAGGAAAAGAACCACAAUCAAUUGAUAGACACUUUAAGAAAUGGACAGUUUUUAAAGAUAUGAAACAUCCGGACAGACACAAUGUGAUGACAACAGAACAGGACUGGACCAAAGUAUGGCCUACAUCAGGAGUCUUUAGAUGGUCCUCAGUACCUCUAGCUCUCCGUCAGGGAGUUAUCAGGAAUGAAACAGAAAACGAAGGCAUAAUACCAGACAAGGAGGGGAAUACAGAAUUGAUAAAGGUUCCUAACUUCCUUCACCUGACGCCACCUCAUGUGUGGAAGCACUGCCAAGCAUUGAAGAAAUUCUGUACUCCAUGGCCAGAAGGUUUGGACAGUAAAGAAGACUGUCGGCUCCAUUUCCCUGUUGAGGUGGUGACCAGUGACUACUGCUUUGCAGGGCCAUCAAUCCGAGAUCCACGGUCACGAGUUGUCACAGUCAAGGUGAAGUUGUCUGAUCUAGAACUGGAUGAACAUGCACGACAUAAACUGCUGAAACUAGUCGGGGACCGGUACGACAAGGAUAACGACAUGCUCAUCUUCAAGACAGACAAGUGUCCAACUAAACAACAGAAUAGGGAUUAUGCUAUUUUUUUGCUGACUGCAGUCUACCUGGAAGCGUGGAAAAAGAUGCCUUGGGAGGAUGAUAUUGAGGGAGAUGACUUCUUGGAUUACCAAUGGAAUUUGUCCAAAGCCAAAGACAGGACUGUUCUCAACUUGAUGUCUAUGGCCGAGGGCGAUCAGAACUCAGUUUAUCACAAUGAAGAGGAGAAUGAAAUUCUGGAAAAAGAAGAAGUCAAAAAUUAUGCGAAGGCAAUUUCAAAAAUUUACGACGAUGAAGAAAGCAUAGAAAAUCUCAAUGACUUAAAGCAAUCGGCACUUAACAUGUUACAGUUGAGGACUUCGUAGCAUUAGUAACUAAAGGUCAACUCGGUAAGAAAGGCGGUGGAUGGAAUAGAAAGUGUGCUAUUUAUGAAAGGAAAUCGAGUAAUUAUUGAUUUGCAAUUUUGAACAGAAUAAAAACUACAGUGCUAA